AUGUACAUCAUAAUCCGCCCCCGGCCGGUAAGGGGCUGGCAGGGCCCGAAAGGCCUCUCGGGCCCGGCGCAGCACCAGUCUCGUUAUCCGCUCUACCUUCCCGCCAGCGGGGAACACUUCCGCCGCGUCGAGGCCAUUUUAUCUCCGUCCUCCGUCCCCAGGGCCUGGGGUGAGAGGGGUGCUCCGGCGGCCGGAGAGACCGGCCACUCACGGAGGUCGGAGGAUGCCCUCCCCGGGCUGAGCGGCGGCGCUCGUUUUUUCCUCACCUCGGUGUUGCUCCCUCCACCUCCCUUGGGCCUCUCCCGAGUUCAGCAAGAAAAAAAAGAAACGUUCGUUCCCUACAUUUCAUGUCACGCAGUAGGAUGUUACUGCAGCAACGUUCUCUUGUAGACUUCCAUUUUUAAAUGAGUGCAUGCAUUCUGAGGAAAGAAACUGAAUUAUUUGCAGAUUUUUGUGAAAUCCAAGUCUUACGUUGGAUCCCUGUGAGACAGUUACUACAUUAUUUUUUUAACCUUUUUUCAUAAGUCAGUGUACACGUAGUGGAAAAGGCCAAGUUCUUGUUUUGAUAAGGAAGUCACUUGGUUGGUUGAUCCCAAAGGACUAGCUUAACAUUAUCAAGGACUAGCAUAGCUGAUUAUGUAAAAAAAAA